ACAACAAGAUGGCGGACGGUGUCCUUCCUUUCGUCCGUGGGCUCGAUUUAACCCACAAUAACUUCAAAGAUUUCAAUUUCCCCAAUCGGGUCGCAGACAUGACAAAUUUACGAUGGCUCAAGUUGAACAAGGCUGGACUGGAGACACUUCCUGAGGAGUUGUCACGUCUCACUAAACUGGAACAUUUGUCAAUCAAAGAAAAUGAGCUCACUUGUAUCCAUGGAGGAUUAUCUUCUUUGAAUCAACUUAGGGUCAUCAAUGCAAGGAAUAACCAUUUGAUGAACUCAGGCAUUCCAGGAGAUAUUUUCUCUUUGGAGGACUUGCUAACUGUGGAUUUUAGUCAAAAUGAGCUUAAAGAGGUACCACCAGAACUGGAAAAUGCAAAAACACUACUUGUCCUGUCAUUGGCAAACAACAAAAUUACAUCUAUUCCAAACCAGUUAUUCAUCAACCUGACUGACCUGAUCUACCUUGAUCUGAGUGACAACUGUCUUGAAACCAUUCCUCCACAACUAAGAAGACUGGUGAAUCUACAGACAUUGAUCUUGAACAAUAACCCAUUGCUACAUGCCCAAUUCAGGCAACUACCAUCCCUCACUCAGCUUCGUACACUGAAUCUCAGAAAUACACAGCGAACUAUUACUAACAUGCCAAACAAGCUUGAAGCAUUAGUAAAUCUAACAGAUCUUGAUUUGUCUUACAAUGAUUUGCCAAGAGUUCCUGAGCCAGUGUACAUGAUUUCAAGUCUCAAGAGAUUGAACCUGAGCAACAACUGCAUCACAGAACUUUCUUCCCUCAUUGAUUCAUGGAGUCAGCUUGAAACCUUAAACUUGUCAAGGAACCAACUGACAGCCCUUCCAUCUUCACUUUGCAAGUUAGUCAAGUUAAAAAGACUGUUUCUAAAUGGGAAUAAGAUCAACUUUGAAGGUUUACCAACUGGAAUCGGAAAGCUGUACAACUUGGAGUUCUUCAUGGCUGCAUACAACCAACUAGAGUGUAUACCAGAAGGACUUUGCAGGUGCAUCAAGCUUAAGAAGCUUAUUCUUCAUUCCAAUCGUCUCUUUACUCUGCCAGAAGGCAUUCACUUCCUCACCAACUUAGAGAAUCUUGACGUUCGUUACAACCCUGAGCUAGAGAUGCCUCCCAAACCUGUGGCAGAUGAUGAUGGUGCUGAUUCAGCAUUUUACAACAUCGACUUCUCACUUCAGACCCAACUGAGGAUUGCAACUGGUGCUCCACCCCCACCCCCUCCUGCCCACAAAGAUGCAUACGCACGUAAGUUGCGCAUGCGUGGAAGAAGAUAUCAAAGCCAAUCUGAUAAGUCUGAAAGUCUCAAGAGACAUGAAUCAUCCAGGAAAACGUCUAAGGGUAUGGUAGAAGACGCAGAAGAAAAGAAAGCAACCGGAAGGAAUAGAAAGCUAAGUAAAAAGACGCAAGUGGAACGAAGGAUUAGUAAAACCAAACCUUGACUAUCAUGACUUCUUUGAUGAUCACACCGGUCAGGAGCCUGGACUAACUGUAUGGCAGAUAGAAAAUUUCGUUCCUACACAUGUCGAUGAAGCAUUUUAUGGAAAGUUUUAUGAAGCGGAUUGUUAUAUUGUUUUGAAGACUGAUUAUGACGACACAGAUCAGUUGUACUGGCAAAUCUACUACUGGAUUGGUAAAGAUUCCUCGCUGGAUAAGAAGGCCUGUUCAGCUAUUCAUUCAGUCAACUUGAGGAACUUCCUCGGAGCUGAAACACGCUCAAUCCGAGAAGAACAAGGAGAUGAAUCAGAUGAAUUUCUUGAGCUCUUCGAUAACGAUAUUUCUUAUAUUGAAGGUGGAACAGCAAGUGGAUUUUAUAGUGUCGAGGAUCCUACCUAUGUAACAAGGCUUUUCCGAGUAUUGCCAGGAUCACGAGUUUUACUCGAACCAGUUUCGCCCGUGGCAAACUCAUUAGACCCCAAUUUCACCUUCGUUCUUGAUGCAGGUCUUAAGAUAUUCAUCUGGUCAGGUCCAAAAGCAAAAGCCACGACCAAGACUAAAGCAAGAUUAUUUUCAGAGAAAACCAAUAAAAACGAACGCAAAAACAAGGCUGAGAUUAUCAUGUGUCAAACGGCUGAUGAACCCAAAGAGUUCUGGGAAUUACUGGGUGGACACCCAUCAGAAGGACGCAUAACGGUCAAGCAAGAGUACAAAGAGCCGCCUCCCUCGCCAAUCCUGUAUAAGAUGGCCCUUGGUCUUGGUUAUCUAGAACUACCACAAGUUGAUAUUCCUGGGGGAAAACUAGUACAGAAGCUUAUGGACACCAAGAAUGUAUAUAUCAUGGAUUGCUUCACUGAAAUAUUCGUAUGGAUUGGACGCAAAUCAGCCCGUCUUGUUAGAGCUGCAGCCAUGAAGCUUGCUUUGGAGAUCAACUCAAUGAUAGACAGACCAUCAUUCGCCAUGGUCACCAGGACCUUACAAGGUGCUGAGUCGCAACUCUUCAAGUCCAAGUUCAUUGGCUGGGAUGAUGUUCUAGCGAUAGACUACACACGAUCAGCCGAGACUGUAUCCAAUCUGGCCAAGAAACUUGGAACAACGAAUAUCACUAAUAAGCAAGCACAGGAAAAGCUCAAGAAGACUGCAAAGGUCGAUCUGUCAGCGCUGUUUACUACUCGUCAACAACCUAUUCCAGAUGAAGAACAGAAACACUUAGUAACGGAAUGGAACGAGGAUCUGGAUGGCAUGGAAUGCUUCGUCCUUGAAGGGAAAAAGUUUGUACGACUACCAGAAGAGGAGAUAGGUCAUUUUUAUAGCGGAGAUUGUUACGUUUUUCUUUGUCGAUACUGGGUGCCUGUUGAAGCCCCUGAAGAUAAUGAAGAUGACGAAACCGAUGAUGAACCGGUCGAACAGGAAGAAGACUUCCAGUGUGUCGUGUAUUUCUGGCAGGGACGCGAUGCCAAUCAGAUGGGCUGGUUAACGUUCACAUUCAGCCUGCAGAAAAAAUUCGAGUCCUUAUUUGGAGAGAAGCUAGAAGUUGUCAAGACACAGCAGCAACAAGAAAAUCCCAAAUUCAUGGCUCAUUUCAAGGGCAAGUUCAUAAUCCACUCUGGCAAAAGAAAGCAAGUCCUACCGCCAGACCAGAAACCAAAACCAGAAUUAUACCACAUUCGAUCAAAUGGAGGCAUUCUCGCCAAACGGGUUAUACAGAUUGAAGCUAAUGGGUCGCUAUUGAACUCCGAGUUCUGUUACAUCCUAAAAGUUCCCUUUGAGAAUUACGCCGAGGAUGGCAUCAUAUAUGUCUGGAUAGGCUCUAAGGUCAACGAAGCCGAUGCUGAACAUGCUAAAGAACUUGGAAAAGAAAUCUGGGAUGCCGAAUUCAUGCAGUACUGUCGUCUGUUCCGGUGUUCUAAUGAUAAAGGAUACUUCUCUGUGUCAGAGAAGUGUACGGACUUCUGUCAGGAGGAUUUGGCCAGUGAGGACGUAAUGAUACUAGACACUGGAAAACUGGUUUAUGUAUGGCUGGGAUCAAGUUCUUCCGACGUAGAAAAGAAGUUGGCUAUCAAAAGUGCACAGCUCUACAUCCAGCACGUACACCAGCUUCAAAGUGGACCAAUGCGUAAACUACGCGUGGCCUUCAAAGGCAGGGAAACUCACAUGUUCAAAAGAAACUUCCAUGGCUGGGGUGAAUUCCAUGCUCCCAAAUACUAGUGUACACUCUACGAUAACCCAAUGUGAUUGGCUAAAAAAAGUCAAAACUCACAAGGCGGUCUAAAUCAAAAAUGCUAAUAGCUAUAUUUGUCUACUAUGAAAACCUGAUGUUUUGGAUCUCUGUAACAAAAUGACGGACGCAGUAACAAUACAGUUAUAAUAUAACAGCCCCUUUUGGAAGGCUCUGCUGGAUGGAUUUUGAAUAGAACUUUUGCAGUUUACAAUCACUUGCCGAUAUUCUUGGAUUGCACGUUACGUCAUCGCGGCCAUGUUGGUGCCAUUUAACAAAAGAUUUCUCAUUAGCAUCCAUUGUAAACGGCACCACAAUGGCCGCCAUGCUUUUGUCUUUUGACUCUCUUGAGAAUGCUUGCAAUCCAUCAAUACAACUAUUUUCAAAAAAGAUUGGUGAAGGUGUUGUUGCAUUCUGUAUACCAAGCCGGUACUGCACUAUGGGCGAUGUGAGUGAAAUCAGCGAAACGUCGAAAUAAUAUGGUAUUUUCCCAAACUUUGUCUGCACGUAUUCCCGGCAUAUUUUUUGUGUGCUGACAUUAUUUACAUAUGAAUAUGACAGAUUUUAAGCUUAGUAAGCAGCAUGCAACAUAACCUUCGUCAUCCUUUUUUAAAAUAACUGUAUCAUCUUAGUAAAGGCGAUUACACGGAGCUAUUUUCUCUGCAACUUGUUGCAUGACCAGUUGCAUGGAGCACCAGUUGCAUGGAGCAUUGCAGCGUGUAACCUACAGCGCAAUUUUAAAAAAUGUUGGGAGACAAGUUGCAGCAAUCGUUGCGAAAAGUAGAAUUCGUUUCUACUUUUGGCAACGAUUGAUUCUCCCUUACACCAAGUUUACACUCUUGCAACUUGUGCGCAACGUAAACAUCACAUGAUCUGAAAUGCGCAAUUUACAUACGAAAGUAAUAGCGCAGCGCACUAAUUCUAAAAAUAGCUUAAAGAUUCGGACAAACAUUGCAUUCUGUUUAACCGCUAUGGGGAUUAUACGAACCGAUUUUAUUAUUUUUACUUAAAGUUACAAUAAUAACCCAUGUAAACUAAGAUCAACUGCGAUCGGCUGUGAAAAUUAUCUGCUGAAAGUAAACUUGUAAGUUUCUUUGUCCGAAUUUCGCCUUUGUCUUCGUUUUUAUGACGUCACGGUUUCGCUGCGCUAUUAGGUCUAUUGACUGAGUAAAAGAAAGUGCGCAAGGGGUUCUGGUAGCUGUAGUAAAUGACGUUAUAUCGCAAGGGUAGUGUUAGCUCUAGAAAUCCUGGUCUCGUAACAGCAGCAGAGUAAAAAUACUACCAUUCGAGUUCUAUCAAAAUUUUGUGAUGAAAGUGUUUGCCUCGCAAGUGAAAUGUCAUUAACAAGUUCCAUUUAUAACGCUGUAAAAUAGUCAAUAAAAAAGACAUAAAAUUAUUAUAAAAAUAUCA